GCUCAAAUUCUUUCCUGUACUCGCUGCGGACUGUCAAAAUCAGCCCUUUUCUGAAAAAAUGAUGAGCUUUUUCCACACGUCUAGGCCACUAUGCAGCCGGCACAACGGUGCAGUGCAGAUUAGGCGGCAGUGAUGGAUAAAACCCUCGAAAUUAUUAUUCCACAGAUUGGGUGUGUGUGCAGAUGAGGCUCUGCACUGACGAGGCCUCCCCUUUCCGUGCCUGGAAUAUUCUGAAUCCCAGGAGGGUUUUUUUGUCAUCACCAUGAACAGAUUCUUUAGGAGACUCUAGCAUUGCAGACCCCCACCAAGAAGGGAAGAGGCCGGGCACGUGGCCCCGUAUAUCCCAUAUUCAAUGUCGGACAUAGCGAAGGACCCAAGAACCAUGUAGUGUACCUCUUCCCACCACAGGGGGGCGGGUUAACUUUGUAGUUCUUUUUUGUACUGUUUUUUUUUUCGGGAGUUGGUUUAUAAGGUGAGCCAGAAAUGGUCUUGCACACCUCUCCCUACCCCAGUGCCUUCCUCAGCUUUCUGAGCCGCCUGUCUUGGGCCUUUGUUUUUCCUUGCUACUGGCUGUUGGACCGGUUGUUGGCCUCCUGUGUAGCAACAUCACUGGAGAAACGUAGACGCUCCCAGGAUCCCUGCUCUUUUCUGGCACUCGGGGUCCUGAUCUCUACACCGCUCUACCUGGUGCUGUUACUGGCAUCCUUACCCUUCGCCUUCAUUGGCUUCCUCUUGUGGGCCCCACUGCAGACCAUCAGGAACCCCUACAUCUACUCUCACCAGAAACCAGACAAGCAUGGUGCCGAGCAGGGAGCAUCGGCUGGAACCGGGGCGGCACUUGCUGAGUGGCGUCCACAAGGUCGCAGCUUUUGCUUUGGCAGUGCCAAUGUUUGCCUGCUGCCAGACUCGCUUGCACGCUUCAACAACCUUGCGGACACUCAACGCCGAGCUCGGGAAGUGGGCAAGCGGAUCCGUAAUGGUGCCAGCAGACCCCAGAUCAAGAUAUAUAUUGAUUCGCCCACCAAUACUUCAAUUAGUGCGGUAUCCUUCUGCAGCUUGGCCACUCAGGGCUUCCGCCGCACCUCUUCUUUGGACCAUCGUCCAGAGCCUGUAGUCACCACUGAAACUGAGACUGAGGCCUUAAAUGAGUGUCCCGUUCACCCAUCAGGAGGUCCAAGCUCGGAUUGCCCAAACCACAGCACUGAAGCCCAGAAUUCCUCAGAGUGUCCUAUCCACUCCAAUGCAGAAGACCAUGCUCCUGAUUGUGCUGUCCACCAGUUUGCAGACCCAGAGUCCUCUGGUGAGUGUCCAGUACAUAGCAACAUCAUCCAGAACUCAGAAGACUGUCCUCUCCAUCCGGCUGGAGUGCAAAUCAGCAUCACCUCUCCUGAUUCUGAGCCAGCCGAGGAUGAAAAAGGAAAUCAUCAGACCGGGGACGGUGAUACGGGUAGCCUAGAAAGCCGCACAGCCUCUCGGGAAUCCCUGGUUCGCUUCCACGCAGCUGAUGGAGGCAUAUCCCCCAACAACACCCUUUCACAACACCGCACCUCAGUCUUCAAAAGACCGAUUGGGCGCAAGCGCCGUCACGGCGAUGACGGCUUUGACCAUGAGAUCUCUGCCUUUUUCCCAGCCAACCUGGACUUCCUUUGUCUACAAGAAGUCUUCGACAGGCGGGCUGCAGACAGGCUCAGGAGGCAGCUGCACCGCUAUUUUCCCUUUGUGCUGAGCGAUGUGGGACGCUAUGGCUGGAAAGGCUGUUGCUCACGGUUCAAGUUCUUGAACAGCGGGCUUCUGUUGGCCAGUCGCUACCCUAUUUUGGAUGCCCAUUAUGAAUGCUUCCCCAAUGGGCGCAGCGAGGAUGCUCUGGCUGCUAAAGGAGUUCUUUUUGCCAAGGUGCAGGUUGGAAGCUCUGCUCAGGAACAACGGGUCGUUGGAUAUAUCACCUGUACUCAUCUGCAUGCUAUUGAAGGUGAUGCAUCUGUGCGCUGCGAGCAGUUGGACAUGCUGCUGGAGUGGGGCGCUGAGUUUAGGAGGAACACCUUGGCUCCCAUGGACGAGGAGAAGGUUCUGGAAGAUCAGGUGGCCUUCGACGUCAUCCUCGGAGACCUCAACUUUGACAACUGCUCUUCGGAGGAUAAGCUGGAACAACAGCAUUCCCUCUUCAAUCAUUAUAAAGACCCCUGUCGUCUUGGUCCCGGAGAGGACAAACCGUGGGCCUUAGGUACAUUGCUGGACACGACUGGGCUAUAUGAUGAGGAGGUCAGCUCACCAGAGAGCCUACAAAAAGUGAUGGAGAAUGAAGAGGGGAGAAAAGAGUACUUGGUGUUCCCCGCAAGCAAGAACCAUUGUCCCAGCCAGAAGGGGCGCAAAAUCCCCCUGAAGGGCAAUGGCAGGAGAAUCGAUUACAUUCUUUAUAAAGAGGAAGGCUUGCAACCAGACUGGAAAGUGGAUAUAGAGGAGUUGAGCUUCAUCACUCAACUUGCUGGAUUGACUGACCACCUCUCAGUGGCUGCAAGAUUGGUUGUGUCAACUGGAGAAGAGGAGACUUAGGACCCGGCCAUAAUUCAAAAAAAGAAAAUCAAUGCCACGGAGAGAGAGGGGAGAGGCAAAGAGAGAGCGAGAGAAGUGAGUGAAAGGGAAAAACAGCAGGAGGAGGCAUUCGUCAAGCUUCCUGACAGAUGAGGGCAGGGUGAUUGAGAGGGUUGAUAAGCCGUAAAAAACAAGAUGGAUGACAUAGAUGGAGAGCAUAGACGAGAGAGGUUGGUAAAAGAAAGGCGAAAACCACCAAUCAGCUGAAAGCAGCGUGCAGGUGUGUGAUUUUCUGGACCGUGGUUUGCCAUCCAUCCCUGGACUCUCCAUGUUUACAUCUGAACUGAAGAACAAAAUUAAAGAUGAACUUCUGAAGCUUCUCCGGGGCCCUUGAUCAGGAGGCCAUUUUCUGGUGCCAUGACCCGGAUAUUUGAAUGACGGCUGUUGCAUGGGAGAAUGCGUACAUUGACUGUUCCGGGCGUCCUUUCACACAAUAUGGACAAGGACAUGUACGUCUGUGCGUUUAAAGUUAUUCCACCGCAAGAUCUGUCCCUCAGCGUUCUUCAAAAGACCUCAGCAAGUGUCUUUCUUUUCUAAUGUCUUUCUAAGGUUUCUAUGGCCUCAUGCCAUCUUUUUAGGGAGUUUAUAUACUGACAUACAAUACUGAUGAAGGUUGCAAGUUUAUGGCCUCAUCUAACACUAAGUAAAAUGAUUAAGAACAUGUUUCAUUGACCGCUGGGAUACAGUGACCAAGCCCUGAAGUGAUGCAGUGUUGCCAUCACUGCAAACUAUGGGAAAACUGAGCAAUUGUUGGGGAUUUAACCCCGAACUCUCAGUAGAUGCAUGUUUCUCACUGCACUGCCAUGUUUGUCGUGGCCUGCAUGUUCGAAGUGAACCCCAGACGCAAUUAACACAGGCUGUUUUUCACAAAAACACACAAGCCCCUCCCCUUUUCCUUCUUGCAGUAUUGCUGUGGCUCCAUCACAGGAGAAUGGUGCUGUAAAAGGCAUCACAGUGUUCACUGUUUACAUAUUUGAGCCAAGAUUGUCGUCCCCUGCAAAUGUUUACACACUUAUCAGGCAACGGUACCCCAAGAACUACCCCAGGUAGACCCACCGAAGCUCGCUCUUCAUGUGUUAACACAAUUACUUUUAUACUCUCUAAAAUUCUCUUGUUAUAAGUUGUUAUUAUUGAUAUUAUUAUCAUUAUUCUUAUGAUUACCAUGGUUCGUAGAUUUGACAUUGUUCAUUUGCAAAUGACUACAUUCCCCAUGAUGCAUGUAUCUGCUUUUGCUGUGUUAGAGGUUUACAGCAACCUAGUGUAGAGCUCCACCCUGUUUUGACUGACAGACUAAUUGGCCAAUCAAAUGCUGUGUUCCAUUCAGUUUCA